AUGAGUAAUGAAGAUAAACCCGUAACAUAUGGGGACGUAUUUUCUGUGUCAAGCGAACUUGGUUCAGAAAUUAUAGCGCCAGAAGAUGCAGCAAUAAUGCAAUCAGCAGAGAGUAUAGCACUCGGUCAUGUUCCGCGAGGCGGCCCUGCAUCACUCAUGCAGUCAGCCGCCUCACAGAAUGAGCGAAUUGGUGUUGCAGCUACUAAUGACAUAACUGAUUUCGCCAGAGAACACGGCGUUACCGUUUCUCAAGUUGAAGUUGGGGGUACUCGCGUUGUUUCUGAAUCCGUCGGUGGAGAGGUAGUUGCACAAUAUAUUUAUCCAUCAGAAGCAGGAGGAGGUGGAGAUGAUGAAGAGAGAUCAGCACGAUAUCCUACGACAGGAGUUCAAGAGGAGGCAGUUACGGUAGGUGAAGCACUAGAGGCGGUGGCACUUAAGCCUGCAGGGGACAAACCAAUUGAGCAGAGCGACGCUGCAGCAAUACAGGCUGCAGAAGCAAGAGCUACUGGACGAAGUGAAGUAGUGCCAGGAGGCGUAGGAGCGGAAGCUCAACGUGCUGCUUCGAUAAAUGCUCAAACAGAUGACAAGACCACACUCGGCGAUGUGCUAAGAGAUGCAACGAGCAAGCUUAUAGAUGAUAAGGCAGUGAAGAAGGAAGACGCAGAAGGCGUGGUGGGUGCUGAAAUAAGGAAUACGCCCAACUUGGCUACACAUCCGGGAGGUGUAGCAGCCUCCAUCACCACCGCGUCUAAUCUCAACAAAUUCUAG